AUGGGCAGCCUAGCACCUAUUCACGUCGUCGAGUCCGACUACUCGGACCUCUACCAGGAGGCCAUGCUCGCCAACUAUGACGACCCGCCCGAGGCCUGGCAAAAGAUCCUCGGUGGCGAGACCCUCUCCUUCAACGGCGGGCUCUUUCCUGAAGACGAGCUCGCCGCAGGCCCCCAUCCCAGUUCCGUCGGACCAUCCGAGCUGCGCUGCAUCGACCGGCAGCUCGAGCUCGCCGGGCUUCUCCGCCCGGAUGCACCUCCCCGGCUGCCGCUCCGGCGGAUCCUGGACCUCGGGUGCGGCUGGGGCGUCCUCGCGCAGCGCUUGGCUCGCGUCUUCCCGGACUGCCCGCGCAUCGACGCCGUCAACCUCAGCCCCUCGCAGCUCCGCCACUGCGCCGCCACGCUCCCCGCGGACCUGCACGACCGCGUGCGCCUGCUCCGCUGCAACGUGCGCGACGUCGACGGCCUACCGGACCCGGACGUCCCGUACGACUUCGUCUUCGUCCGCGGCGUCUGGUUCCACUGCCUGCCGAGCGUCUUCGAGGCGUCCGUCGCGGGCGUCGCGCGGCGCAUGGCGCCGGGGGGCCUGCUGCUGCUGUCGGAUCCGCUGUACGAGGAGCCGGGGGGUCCGGCGCCGGAGGGGAGGGGUGAGGGGGAGGUGGGCACGGAGGACCACAAGACGAGGGAGUACUACCUCUCGGUGCUGGAGGGGGGCGGCUUCGAGGUGCAGGACAUGAGGGUGCUGCCGUCGAACGCGGAGAUGAUUCACUGGUUUUUGACGCUCAAGGCGAACAUUGAGGCCAACUUUGAGAGGUAUCCGGAGGGUGUGUCGGUGACAGUGAGAGAUUUGCAUGAUUUCGCGCAGAGCUUCGCGGAUAAGGUGGCGGCGGAGCAGGUCUCGAUGUAUACAAUCGUUGCGAAGAAGGCUGUCGGGUAA